AUGUCCAAAAAAAGAAAGAGAGAAGUCGACGUCGAGCUUGUCAAAGUCUACGAAGACUUGGGUGACGUCCAGGAGAACAUUCGUCUUGCCGCUGCCCACACGCUGCUCUCCAAAAUCUACAAGCCAGGCAUCACGAGCCAUGAACAGACCAAAACUAUUCUGACGCGGCUCUUCCGUGGACUCUGCAGCAGUCGCAAAUCGGCUCGGCUCGGCUUUUCUGUCGCCUUAACCGAACUUCUUUCACAACUUGCAGUUACCCCGGUUUCGUCCGCCGAAAGCGAUGUUCCUGUCUCAAGUGUCAUUGACAUCCUUGAGGCCGAGACCUUGCCGGAGAGGGGCAUAUCUGGCCAAGACGAGCGAGAUCAUUAUUUCGGGAGGGUGUUUGGUGCUGACGCCAUCUUAAAGUCGGGAAUCCUCUUCUGCAAGAAAGCAGAUCAAAGUCAUUUCACGCGCCUGCUAGACAUUGUUUGUGCUUUAGCAGUCAAGAAACCAUGGCUUCGUCAAGAAUGCGGCUGGGUACUCUACAAUUGCAUUGCCUCCGACGAGAACGAGCUGCCGGAAAAGUUUGCACUGGAAAUAAGUGAGGGCCUGGUUGCGAGCAGGCUCAUACGUACGCCUGAAGGGGUGGCGAUCUGGCUAGUGACGUCUAAGCGAUUCCCGAAUGCGAAACUGCCCAAGUCGGCUUGGAAGAGCGGUCAUCCACUGGCAAAGAAAGAUGUUAACAUCCUUGCCGAUAUUCUCAAAGAUGCGAGAGUCCAGCAAGCGGAAGGGGAAUCCGACCUGAAUGCUCAAGGUUCUGCCAGAUGGUCUGCGAAUCUGCAUUUUGCCUGGGAUAUUGUACUUGCCGAAACUUUUCCGAACACGCCUGAUGGAUCUGGGGAUUGGAAAGAUGCGAAGAAAAGCGUCCGAAACGACACUAAACUCGCAUUCGACCUGUUCUGGAAAGUCGUUGUGGAUGAAAGCCUCUUCGCACCUGCUAGCAGUGCUGAGCGGAAAUCCUGGGGGUUCAGCCUUUGGAAGAAGGUCUUCGAAACAGCUCCCCAACAGCUAUUGAUCUAUACAUUCACGCCGCAAGCGACUCGGUGCUUGGCCAACUCCCUUAAGAGCUCGGAGAGAUUUCUACUGAGAUCUGCCCAAAAACUGUCUCAGAUCAUUAAUACCCGCUUGACGGAGACUGAUCCCUGGAAUCAGCGUGCUCAUCUUGCGGGUACCUACGUUCGAGCGCUGUUACAGAGUGUCUCUUUCAGCGACUUUGAUCAGGUCACUAAAUCAAAAACUCUGCAGAGCUUGUUCGAAGCAGACAAUUUGGAUGUGCUUAAGGGCAUCAAGUCUACCCUGACUAAUCUUUUGCUCGGAUCUCUUCAAGAAGAGGACAAGAAAGCGACUCUUUUGCAACAGAAAACGAUUAUAAAUCUGGAGUGGAAGAUGCUUUCAGCAAGGCUCCGUCGCUGGGAACACUUUCAAAUGUCACACGAGCACGAGAUUGAGAAUGCAGAUAAGGAACUCGUUUCCAGCAUACUCAAGUCAUGGCUCAGAGAAGUAUGUAUCUCGCCAACUGCGAAAAUCCCGGAGAAUCUCAACCGUGAUAUUCAGCCUGUACUGCUACCAAAGACUCGCGACUUUGCGAAAGAGCGUCUGAGUUUAUCCUUUGAGCAAGCUCUCAAGCUCGGGUCUCUAGGCUGUUGGUUGUUGAAGGACGUUGUCCUUCAUCUUCGCAAGUUAGAGGUCCUUCAUGUCCGGAUGGCCUCUGCCUUCGAGGACGAUAUCAACGGCAUAGUGCAGACAGCCUGGCAAAAUUUGACAGACUCUCAGAUCAAUACCCAGAUGUCCUCGAAAGCCGACCGGGGUCCAGCGGUGUCCUCGAAAAAGCCUGUUCAUGCAAAAGUUUUGUCGUCCUCAGAGGGACUGUGUUUGCUUUAUGCACUAUUACUUUUUCAAAUCUACAGUGGGGAGACGGAGGCUGUAGAGAUAUUGCAGGAAGUGCUAGUCAACUGGGGUCGACGAAAGGAUAACCAGAAAGGAAGUGUGACAACUAACAGUGGACAGGAGUCUGCAGAUGCUAUUAUGGAGAUUCUUCUCAGCUUUGUGUCAAGACCGUCGAAGUUCCUGAGGCGAAUCACUGUCCAGAUUUUCGAUGCUUUUGCCCCCAAUAUCACUGCUACUGGUCUCGAGGCUAUGUGUCGCAUCCUCGAAACGAAAGAGAACCUUCGAGGCCAACAAGAGAUGUUCGAUGCGGGCGGAUUCGAAAACGAGGAUGAAGAGCACCUUGCUUCCGACUCGGAGAUGGAAGGACUAGACUCAGAAGUCGAAGUCGAUUCGGUUUCGGAGUCCGAUGAAUCAUUGGACCAAGCAGACUCUAGCUCUGUAUCGGCACAUUCUAAUGACAAUUCAGAAGAAGAUUCAGUUGACACAUCUAGUAGUUCUGAGGCAUCAGAGGGUGAGGAUGAGGAGAAUGAAGAGGACGAAGAGCUGGCUGCAUUUGAUGCAGCUCUUGCAUCGGCUUUGGGGACUCGGCGACUCAACCAAGACGAUCUCGCUGCCGCGUCAGAGACUGCUGAUUCCUCUUCCGACGCAGAUAUGGGCGACGAUGAAAUGAUGCAACUGGAUUCAAAGCUUGCAGAAGUCUUCCGUGCGCGAAAUGAACAGCAAUCAAAGAACAAAAAGAAAGAGGCGAAGGAGGCGAAAGAGACCAUCGUGAAUUUCAAGAACCGCGUGCUCGACCUGAUCGAGUCGUAUUUGAAACACCAGCAACACAACUCGUUGACCAUGGACUUGAUUCUGCCUCUCCUCAAACUUGCAAGGACCACGCCAACAAAGCAGCUUGCCGAUCGUUCCUGCAAUAUCCUACAACAAUUUUGCUCGCGGUGCAAAGGACCCAAUGUACCCGAGUUACCUAGUGACUCCUACAGUGGGCAUGCUGUCGAUAUUCUCAAAUCAAUCCAUGAGGAAGCGCGCAUGGAGUCUUCGCACGCUCACUCAAAUGUGGCAAGCCUAUCGAGCAUUCUUGUCGUGAAGGCCCUUGUCAAAACCAAUCCAACGAAUAUCAGGACGAUUGUUGAGACAUACGCGUCAACAAGACUGAGGCAACUAACAGACAAGAAAUGUCGAGUUCUACCGGGGUUUUUCACAGACUGGAACAAUUGGUGCCAAAGUACCGCAGGCAAGCUAACGGGAUAA